AUGACGGAACAGACAGAUCCAAUCAGACUUCAUAUCAGCCCUUUGACUCCCGACAUUCUCCCAGCGGUCCUACCGGCAUCCGUUCGCGCAACGGCCACCGAUAUCUCAUACCAUACCAUUUCCACCUUCCCCGAGAACAGUUACGGAUUCGUUACUCUGCCAAAGAUGGACGCCGAGAAGAUCAAGAAGAAGCUCAAUGGGUCGAUCCUGAAGGGAAAGAAGUUCAAGGUGGACACAGCUCGCCCAUCCAAGCGGCCACUUGAGAAAGAAGAUGCCGAACCUGAAGCUCCCAAGGAAAAGAAGAAGUCGAAGAAGAGCAAGUCAAAAGACGAGACACUAGAUGGCUUUGAGCUCCCCUCCGACCGGAAAGUGAAGAGAGGUUGGACCGAACCCAAAUCCGCCAAAGACAAGCGGAAGUACGAAAAGAAAAAGAGCAAGGACGAUAAGAAGGAAAAACUUCAACCCAAAUCCAAGUACACUGAGAAAGCUGAAUGCUUAUUCCGCACAAAACUUCCGCCUAAUCGCGCCUCCGAGGCUGCUGCCGACGACAAGAAGGCCAAGAAGAAGCAGAAAGGUUCAGAGUCUGUGGUACACGAGUUUGCCAAAGCUACCACCUACCCUAGCUUCCUCCGUUCCUCAGGAGAUGACACCCCAAAGACAGCUACUUUCGACGAGGAGAAGGGCUGGGUGGACACUAUGGGCAGUGUGAAGGAACCUGUCAGUGAGAAGGCUCGGAAGAAGGAUUAUCGGCCUGGCAAGGUUCCUGGAGUGAAAGAGAAGAAACCUAUCCGCAAGGCCCCAGUUGAAAGCCCCAAAGCCAAAGCACAAGAUCCCGAAUCUUCUGCCGAGUCUGAAGACUGGACAUCAUCAAGCGGUUCUUCAGAUGAAGGUUCGGAUUCGGAGAGCGAAAGUGAGAGCGAGAGUGAGGCCAGCAGCUCUGAUGACUCUGUUUUAGAGUCCGACGCGGACGAAGCCAUUCCCGCUGAAAAAGAAUCCUCACCAGAGAGCACAAAACAAAACGAUAUUACCAUGACCACCAAUGAAACGAAUCCCGAAUCAGCCAGGGAGCCCGCUCAAGAGACCGAGGCAUUGCCCCAAGAACCCAAAGAAGUUCACCCUUUGGAGGCUCUUUUCAAGCGAUCCGCCCCCACAAAGUCAGAACAACAGGUUCCAGCACCCACUGAGGCCGGAUUUAGCUUCUUUGGCAACAACGACGAUAUUGAGUCUGAGGAUGAGUCCAGAGGCCCCGAGCCCCAGACUCCCUUUACACCUUUUGGCAAGAGGGAUCUACAGGAUCGUGGUAUGCGGAGUGCAGCUCCCACCCCGGACACAGCGGCCGCUAGUCGGCACAUGCAGUGGAACGAUGAGGACAUGGAGGACGAAGACAUUACGAUUGAUACCCCAGUCUCGAAAUCGCGAACGGAAGGAUCUGGCGACAAAGACGAGACUGAAUUUGCGAAAUGGUUCUGGGAAAAUCGGGGAGACAACAACCGGGCAUGGAAAAAGAGACGGCGUGAUGCAGCCAAGGAGCAGAGACAGAGAGAGAACCGGAAGAAGGGAAUGAAGGGAAGAUCAUGA